AUCAAUUAGCCACUCGCCGCCUGGCACUCGUUUCGAAACGGCGUCGUUGAUUCCGCGAUGGCAUUCAAGAUCUGCGUCCAAAUGGAAGCGUUACGUUUAUUGGGGAGAUCGGAGACCCGCUGUCGCCUCUACUGGGUCUUGGCGUUGUUGUUUUUUUUCACCAACUCGGGCUACUCGGAGGCCGGUGGAAUUAUGGACUAUCUGACACUCUCGCCGGAUCUGAAUCUCGACGAAUGUCAUGAGGAGUUCACCGAGGCGUGUGCCAAUGCCUCGCUGGCCUACUCAGAUGCCUUCGAAAUGUGUGAACUAAAUGCCAAUGAAACCACCAUAAAUCUGGAGGUGGAUGUGGAACUGGAGCGACUACAGAUCGAGCUGGGAUCCAGUUCCGUGUGCGGAAAUCUGCAAAUCUGCGAUACACUUGUUGAUGAUCUGCAAUAUUUUCAGUGCAUAAGUGAAAACGGAAAUCGUAAUCUGGAAAUUUUAACUGAAAUUAAUUACAAUGCGACAAGUGCAUAUACUCGUCUUCAAGAAGAUUACGAUGCACUGCAUCGGAGUUUUCUACUGUGCAGCCUGGAGGCUCAAAAAAACUAUAUGGAGGCUUUAAAAAGGGCGCACAAUGAACUCACAGAGUGUCGUUUGGAAAUCGAUGAAUUUAUUGAGUAAAGCCCAUUUAUCGGUUGCCAUGUAGUUAGAUAAUAAGCGGGUAAAUAAACACCAUUAACUGCAAUGCGGAAACUAUA